AAGAGGAGGAAACCAUUACAAAAUGAGCUCUGUGAGGCUGCUAAAGGCAGUAGAUCCCUCACCAGCUGGAUUAAAAACGGCACAGAAGCGCCUUCAUCUUACUCAUUGGAUUCUGCUGAUCAGCCUGCUGGUCCGCUGCGUCUCUGCAGUCCAAGCAGCAAAAUGCCCACAGGAGUGUUGCUGUGUCCAGCUCAAUGUGACCUGUGCCAACAAGAACCUGACCCAGGUUCCUCCUAAUGUUGAUGAGAGAACAGUCAAACUGGACCUUCGAGGUAAUGACUUACAGGAACUCCCCACUGGGGCUUUCAUGCACACCCCCUACCUGACUCACCUGUUGCUGCAGCGCUGUAACAUCCACAAGGUGAAGGAGGGGGCGUUCCGUGGCCUCGGUCGCCUGGUCUUCCUCAACCUUGCCAACAACAACAUUGACAUCCUCUACCAGGAGUCAUUUGACGGUUUGUCCUCACUAAAGCAGCUUAUUAUUGACCGUAAUCGUGUGGAAGAGAUCCAGCCUGGAGCGUUCUCUCAGCUGGGCUCCCUCAACCUGCUCUCCCUCUCACACAAUCAGCUGGUUUACAUCCCUAAUAUGGCAUUCCAGGGCCUGCAGAAUAUCAAGAAGCUUCGUCUUAGUAACAACUGUCUAAUCUACCUGGACACUGAAGCCUUU